GAGCAAAUGUCCAGAUGACAGAUAACCCUGGCUGAGGCAGUCACGUCCCACCGGGCUCCUGAAGCGCUCCUGGUCCACACUGAAGGAAGGACGCUACUCACCAUGUCUCCGUUUCAGCUGUCCGUCUUCUGGCGUCUGUCGCUCAUCUUCUUUUUUAACUCUUUCCUUUUCUUUCUCGACAUUUUUACCAUCGCGGUGGUCAAGACUAACUGUCACCAUGGCAACGUCACACACUUCGCACGAACACUCGCCGGAAAAAGGACGGAGGGUAACCAAGCAGAACUUUUAGGGGACGAACCUGAUUGGAAGAGCAACGGUUUUGAGCAGAGCUCACUGUGCAGGACUCAGUGGUUGUCUUAUGGCCAAACUGCCUUCAUGGUGGGUCUCCUGCUUGGAACGCUGAUGGGUGGUCCUCUGUCUGACAGGUACGGGAGGCGCCCUGUGCUGCUGGUGUGUGUGUGCAUGCACGCUGUGUGUGGCGUGGUGCCCGCCAUUCUUCCUCAGCCAUUCCUCUUCCUCGCCAUCCGCUGUCUGACAGGCGUGUGUUGCUGCUGCAUUAACAUCUGCUCCUUCACUCUGGCUGUGGAAUGGACGGGGCCCUCCGCCCGCCUGUGGCCCCCAGCCUUUUUAGGCUUCUGCUUCAGUCUUGGGACUAUGGUCGGACCUCUGCUCGCAUGGCUCAGCCCCACCUGGACCAAGCUUCACCUGUCCCUGGCUCUUCCACAGCUCAUUUGCCUGCCACUCUACUAUUCAAUUCCAGAGUCUCCAAGCUGGUUGAUGUUAAUGAAGAGAAUAAGUCUUCUUGACCAUUACCGUAGCAAAGGUGUGGCAGACAAGCAGUGCGUGGACUUGCUUUUGGGCUCAGACUGGUUGCAGCAGCAGAAAGCUGCAGAGGCUUCAAAAGAUCUUCCCCCUGGACACGGUGACCUCACAUGUGACCUCAACCUCCUCAAACACCCCACGGUUCUGCUGCGACUCUGCAUCAUGAGCUACCUCAGUGCUGCCUCUGCGCUGACGUACUUUGGCAUUUGUAUGAACAUCGGCUCCUUUGGCGUGAGCAUCUACUGUGCCCAGUUCUUCUCGGGUCUAUCAGAGACCCCAUGCCUGCUCAUCCCUCUGGUGCGACUGGGACGGCGACCAAUGAGCAUGCUGACUCUGUUCCUCAGUGGCACUUCCUGCCUGCUGUCCCUGAUGCUGUCCAGAUACCAAUGUGACGCCACGCUGGUGAUGAGUUUUGCGCUAAUCGGCAAAUUCUGCAUCCUGGCCACCAUCUUCAUCUUGGCUCUGUACAGCAUCGAGCUGUUCCCCACGGUUGUGAGCGUUGUGUGUCGCUGGUCAACUUGUGUUUCCGACUGGGCUGUCUGGUCAGCACGCUCCUGCCUUCCAGUCCCAAUGGAGCCAUCUCCUUGGCUGCCAUGCUCCUCUACAGCAGCGGUCCCAUCCUGGGGUGUGGCUUGUGUCUUCUCCUGCCUGAGACUAGUGGUACGCCGCUUCCUGACUCGCUUGAGGACUGUCGCAAGCCACCUGAAAACCCGCUCGGCGUUGUGCCACCUAAAUAACAAGGAAGAUGCAAAAGCAAGUGGAGUAUUUGACUGCACAACAAGGAAGAGACUGCAGCUUUUUCUUAUCAAUGUGACCAAUUUUUUGUAUAAUGUCCUGAAUCAGAACCAAUUAAAUCUAUUUAUAAAGACACCAACAUGGAUGGCCUGUGGGGAGGUCAUUUUUGUCAGAGGACUAUAUACACUACACUAUAUUGCCAAAAGUAUUCGGCCAGCCAUCCAAAUGAUGAGAAUCAGGUGUCCUAAUCACUAAUCACAGGUGUAUCAAAACAAGCACUUAGGCAUGGAGACUGUUUCUUGUGAAAGAAUGGGCCGCUCUCAGUGAUUUCCAGCGUGGAACUGUCACAGGAUGCCACCUGUGCAACAAAUCCAGUCGUGAAAUGUCCUCGCUCCUAAAUAUUCCAAAGUCAACUUUAUUCUAAGAAAAUUGAAGAGUUUGGGAACAACAGCAACUCAGCCACCAAGUGGUAAAGUGACAGAGAGGUCAGCAUAGUGCAAAGACUUUCUGCACAGUCACUUGCUACAGACUUCAUGUCACCUUCCAAUUAGCCCACGUACAGUACGCAGAGAGUUGCAUGGAAUGGGUUUCCAUGGCCGAGCAGCUGCAUCUAAGCCAUACAUCACCAAGUCCAAUGCAAAGCAUGGGAUGCAGUGGUGUAAAGGACAUCACCACUGGACUCUAGAGCAGUGGAGAUGCCUUCUCUGGAGUGAUGAAUCACGCUUUUUCAUCUGGAAAUCUGAUGGACCAGUCUGGGUUUGGAGGUUGCCAGGAGAACGCUACAUUUUGGACUGCAAUGUGCCCAGUGUGACAUUUGGUGGAGGAGGAAUUAUGGUGUGGGGUUGUUUUUCCAGGAGUUGGGCUUGGCCCCUUAGUUCCAGUGAAAUGAACUAUAAACGCUCCAGGAUACCAAAACAUUUUGGACAAUUCCAUGCUCCCAACCUUGUGUGAACAGUUUGGAGCAGACCCCUUCUUCUUCCAACAUGACUGUGCACAAAGCAAGGUCCAUAAAGUCUGGUGUGGAUGAACUUGACCGGCCUGCACAGAGUCCUGACCUGAACCCAAUAGAACACCUUUGGGAUGAAUUAGAACGGAGACUGAGAGCCAGGCCUUCUCCACCAACAUCAGUGUGUGACCUCACCAAUGGAAGAAUGGUGGAAAGUUGCUAUAAAGACACUCUGCAACCUUGUGGACAGCCUUCCCAGAAGAGUUGAAGCUGUAAUAGAUGCAAAAGGUCAUAUUGAACCCUAUGGGUUAGGAAUGGGAUGGCACUUCAACUUCAUAUGUGAGUCAAGGCAGGUGAGUCAAGACAGGUGAGUGUAGCCUGGUGGAAAAAAUAAUUUGACAACGCAGUUCUGAGAGGACACCACUAGGGGUCAGUGUGGCAUCAGUGGUGUGUUUGCAACUUUGCACAGGGGUCAGACUGCCAAGAAGUCAGAGUUAGAUGAAGAUGAAGAAGUCAGAGUUAGAUGAAGAUGAAGAAGUCAGA